AUGGACUGUACGUGCAGUCCUCACUUACAUUCUCAUCUCCCUGUGUAUCCUGAUAACUUGCACCAGAGCUACAGUCUGGAAUUACAAAUGAAGUCUACAGAAGUGGAACCGGGGCUCUUCACUGACAGCUAUUGCAAAGUAUGCAGUGCUCAGCUUAUCUCUGAGUCACAGAGAGUCGCCCACUAUGAGAGUCGAAAGCAUGCCAACAAAGUUCGGCUGUAUUACAUGUUACAUCCAGUAGAUGGGGGUUGUCCUGCAAAGAAGCUUCGGACAGACAAUGGCAGCACGGAGGGUGAUGUGGACAAGAACAAGUGCUGCACGCUGUGCAAUAUGUCGUUCACUUCAGCAGUGGUGGCCCAGUCACACUACCAGGGCAAGAUCCACGCCAAGAGACUGAGACUACUGCUGGGGGAGCCACCUGCCAUCACAUCCAAAGAGUUGACAUCCAGUUCAGAGCAUAUGGUGACAGAAGAUUCCCCAGGAAGUCCCUCCAGACAGGACAGACUCUCACAUCGCUACUGCCAGAUGUGCAAGGCCUGGUUCAACAACCCCUGCAUGGCCAAACAGCACUAUGACGGCAAGAAGCACAAAAAAAACGCAGCCCAAGCUAACCUCCUCGCACAGCUGGGCAAGAGUCCAGAAAACGGAGAUGAAUUGAUUGGCCUGAAUCGGAGCCACACAUGCAAGGUCUGCUGUGUUACACUGAACUCUGUGGCACAAUAUCACGCACAUCUGCAGGGCUCCAAACACCAGAACAACUUGAAGAACAAGUGAAGUUUAAUGGAACAGAAUGGACUUCUUUCAAUAACAAACAUGUAACUUGAAGUUGUGUCUGUGGAAGUCAAAGAAUCCUUCCUUCAAACCAUGACAAGACAGCAACAUCAACUCCUAUUCUCUUGUUAAAUAAAAGUGGUAUAGACACUACCAAUGCAGAGAGAAGGUAACCAGACUUUGGACGUGAUAAUGGACUAUGAUAAAUAUUGCAGUGUAUAAAUUUGUACAAGAAAAGAAAAGAAUCCUGCUCCAUCAAGUUAUACUAUUUUUUUUUUUAUAAUAUUGUGUUUAUAUUUUAAUUUAAAUUAAAUUAGUCAGAACUGACGCUUCACUGUUUGUAUCACUCCACUUGUGUUCGUGCCAUUCUAAACUAAAGAGUAAGCGCUAGUAGGCAUGGGCUGUCAUGGGGGAAUUGUUCUCUUAUGACAUUAAUAAUAGACAUUUUUAGUCUUUUGAGGCUGCAUUUCGACUCAAAAUUGGAAAGGACCAAUCAUGUUAUUAAACCAUUUGCAAACAUCUUUCUUUGAAAUCAAUCUGAAGCUACCUUCUUCAUUGCUUUAGGUUUAAGAAGAUAUUCCAGUGUUGUUCAUCGGCAUAUGCUUUCAUUAUACGAGCGAUAUUACUGCGCUAUAAAAAUAAGUGUUGUUGUAUAAAUGGAUAUAAAAUGAACCACUUGCAAUCUCUUUCAAUGAUCGUUGAAGAAAGAAACCGUUAGGGAGGCAUGAAUUCUGAGAUAAAAAAGUUAUUAGUGUACUUUGCUGAGAUGGGGUCAUUUUGGUGCUCUUUAUAAUGAACUGAAUGUGCAUUUCCAUUUGCGUGACAAUGUGUCUUUUAAGCGAGCCGAAAUAAUUGAAUUAUCCCCAAAGCAACAGCACUUAUUGAGAUCCUGAAACUUUUUUAAAAGAAGCUGCCCACUCUCAUAUUAUUUCUUUUUAAUGUAUUGUUUUGUCUCUUUUGAAUGGCUUCCUAGAGAAUAAAAACAAAUCUGACAAACACAAUUUGCAGUUCAGGUUCCUCUACAUUAUGUUAAAGUAUCACGGGGCUUGAAUUUCAAACACUAUCAAGUUGAAUGUUCCACGCGGUCUAAUGCUAAUUCACACAUAUUUAGCAAGUGCCAGUGUUGUUUGUGUACUGGAAUGAGAGGCAUCCAACGGAAAUAAAAAGCGACCCCCAUAAAUCACGUCUUAGUGUCUCCCAAAGGCCUUUUUCAUACAGUAUUUUGCCAAAAUGAUGUGCGUGGUAAAAGGGCCCAUUGGGCCUUAAAGAUAAAAGGACCAGUGUAAAAGAACAAGGAAACAAUCUUUAAAGAUGAAAUGCACUGCAAGUAAUUCCCAACAGACAGCCAGCAUCUGAAUUUCUGCAAGCCCUGGAGGGGUUUCCUUUGUACAAAGCUACAGAUCUACUGAUGUCCUGUGAUGCACAAUUUAUAAUUGACUCAUACUGAAGUGUUAGUGACAUAAAAUAUCAAAAUGCUUGUUAAAAUCUACUCUAAAUUACAUAAAAACUCUAAGUUUUACCAGGUUUAAUCAUGUAUGCCAUUUAGUUUGAGGCAGUCACUCUUUUAAUCAGUUUUUCUAAGGAAUAGUUCACUCAAAAAUAAAAAAUCCAUUAAUUUAGGGUACUCACCCUCCUGUUGUUUUAAAACAUUUGCUAUGUUAUCUGUGGAACACAAAAGGAGAAUCUACACACAGGCCUUAGCCAUACAAUGACGUGGCAAACAUGUAUGUCAAGCUCCAAAAAUGACAAAUAAGCACCAUAAAAUUAGUUCACAUGAAUCAUGUGCGAUUAUUCCAAUUGGGAUGGUUCAAAAUGAACCCCAAAAUGGACAUUUUGUCAUUAUUUACUCACCCUCAUGCCAUCCCAGAUGUGUAUGUGCCUUUAUUCAGCGGGAACACAAACAAAGAUUUUUAGAAGAUUAUCUCCGAUCUGUAUGACCAUACAGUACAAGUGAAUGGUGAUCAGACCUUUGAAGCUACAAAAAUCACAUAGGAAACAUAGAAGUAAUCCAUAUGACUCCAGAGGUUAAAUCUAUAUCUUCAGAAGCAAUAUAAUAGGUCUGGGUGAGAAACAGAUCAAAAUCUAAGUCCUUUUUUUUAUUCUAAAUCUCCACUUUCACUUUUCAUCUGAAUGUGAAAGUUAAAGUGGAGAUUGAGAGUAAUAAAAAAAUCUAUUGUUUCACCAUCAGAAGUUUCUGCAGGGGCUCGAGGCAAAUUUAGGGGGGGGAAAUGCCCCCCAGUCCCCCUUAGACCCAGCCAUGUUGCCAGCCAACAGACCAAAAUAUAAGUCAAGUGAACUUGAGAACUGCUGCGACCAGAUCAUUGAGUACCGAAUCGGUUUGACUCAGAUGAGAAUUGUUCUAUUUAGCCGGUUCUUUUCUGUAAACAGGGUGAUCCGGUCUCCAAGUUCAACUCACUGACUCGAUAGCGGACAAAAUAAUGACUUUUCAUUUUUGGGCAAAUGGAAGUGCCAUUUUACCAAAAUACAGCUUAAGUUAAUACAGGAGGUUUGUUUUAACAAAUUGAGGUGGUUUUACAAAUUUGCUCCCAUGUAAAGAAAUAGACUAUGUUAGCACAACCACAACUGUGAGUCUCUAUUUCUGUGGGCGCAGCUCAUUAUGUGUUGAGCGCUAAAAUGAUUGAUUAUUCAAAUGAAUGCAAAAAGCACAGCAAGGGCCGCUGAUAAUGUAUUCAUAACUUUUACCUUUAAAUAAUAGAAUAUAGAGAGAGUAAAUCUCAGCGGUAUUCUGUCAUAUAGUUAUUAAGCUGUUUGUGCAUUGGAGGAAAAAAUUGUCAUGUGCCGAAAGCCAAUUGUUCUGUCAUCUGAAUUAGCUAUUUAAUAAA